AUCUUUAUCGGCUGGUAAAAUCAAUCCUCGUAAACGCUAUAUCUUUGCAAAACCAAUCUAUUAAAAAUUCAUAUUUUAAAGAUGUAGUACUCGAGUAUAUAAAUUGGAUAAUGAAUAAUUGGAUAAGAAAUAGUUUGAUUGAUAAGAGGAGUGGAGGUUGAGCUGAGUCAGCUGAAGGUGGCAUAUAACGAUAGGCACGCACGUUGGCAAUUAAGUAAAGGUAACUAAUAAGAGAUUGCCAUUUUUGUUUGGGAGUUUUCAAUACUACUAGUAGGAAGGAGAGAAUGUGACAAUACAAUUUGGGUUGGUUGGUUGGUUGGUUGUUACGAUGACGAUACCAGCAGUAGCAGCAAUUGUUGGAAGCUCUGGUUACUUGGACAUUCAUCCUGAAAGAAAAGUGUCUGUGUUUAAGAACCCUUACAUUUUGGGACUCACUUCUGUGGCUAGUAUUGGUGGAUUGCUUUUCGGCUACGACACUGGUGUUAUAUCUGGAGCUCUUCUGUAUAUUAAAGAUGAUUUUCCUGCCGUCAAAAACAGUCAUUUUAUCCAGGAAACUAUUGUCAGCAUGGCAGUUGCUGGUGCUAUUGUUGGAGCAGCUGUUGGUGGUUGGAUUAAUGAUCAUUAUGGAAGAAAGAAAGCAACCAUCAUUGCAGAUGCUAUCUUUAUUCUUGGAGCAAUUGUCAUGUCUGCUGCACCAAAUCCUUAUACUCUCAUACUCGGCCGUGUUUUUGUUGGUCUAGGUGUGGGUAUAGCUUCUGUUACUGCUCCUGUCUAUAUUGCAGAAUUGUCACCCUCUGAAAUAAGGGGAUCAUUAGUAGCCACAAAUGUCCUUAUGAUAACUGGUGGACAGUUUAUUUCUUAUCUAGUCAAUCUUGCUUUUACACAGGUCCCCGGGACAUGGCGAUGGAUGUUGGGAGUUUCGUGUGUUCCGGCAGUAGUUCAGUUUUUUCUCAUGCUCUUGCUGCCUGAAUCCCCAAGAUGGCUCUAUAUAAAUAAUAGAGAAAGUGAAGCCAUUAUUGUGCUCGGUAAGAUAUAUGACUUUGAUCGAUUAGAGGAUGAAAUUGCUUUACUUACAGCUCAGUCGGAGCAAGACCGCCAAAAAAGGGAUGAUGUCAGUUACGGGCAUGUUUUUAAAUCAAAAGAGAUCAGACUUGCAUUCCUUGCUGGAGCUGGAUUGCAGGCCUUUCAGCAAUUUACAGGUAUAAACACAGUGAUGUACUACAGUCCAACAAUCGUCCAAAUGGCUGGAUUUCACUCUAAUGAGUUGGCUCUUCAACUCUCUCUCAUAGUUGCCGGAUUGAAUGCUGCCGGAACAGUUCUGGGCAUUUACCUUAUUGACCAUGCAGGGCGAAAAACAUUGGCCCUAUAUAGUUUAGGAGGAGUAAUAGUUUCUCUGAUAAUCUUAUCCGUAUCAUUUUUUAACCAAUCAUCUGCCACUACUACAAAUCAAAAUGAUUUGUAUGGGUGGCUUGCGGUUGCUGGUUUGGCCCUAUAUAUUGCAUUUUUCUCGCCAGGGAUGGGACCUGUGCCGUGGACAGUAAACUCGGAAGUAUAUCCACAAGAAUACCGAGGAAUGUGUGGAGGCAUGUCAGCUACUGUGAAUUGGAUUUCAAAUUUGAUUGUUGCACAGUCCUUUCUUUCUAUUGCAGAAGCUGCAGGGACUGGUCCUACGUUCUUGCUUCUCGCUGUCAUAGCUGUUGUUGCAUUUUUGUUUGUGGUUUUCUUUGUUCCAGAAACCAAAGGAUUGACAUUUGAUGAAGUGGAACUGUUGUGGAGGGAGAGAGCUUGGGGUAAGAAUCCUCACACUAAAACCCUUCUUGAACGUGGAAAUCAAUCCUACUAAGAAUCCAUCCUUUUGUAGUCCUCCUAGGAACUGUAUCCAUUUUAUACAUUGUGCUUAUUCUACGAAUGAAUUUUGAUUCAUGGGAGGUGGGUAUGAUCAGGUAAUAAAUGUGUCGUUGUUGCUAUGCUAUGUAAUUCUUCUUUCAAAAGUUAAAUAAAUGAAUACAUAUAAUAUAAGUUCCUAUAAA